CCGGUGUAACCCGGAUGUAGCUCUGGCCAACUGGACGAAGCUCUGUGUGUACAUAUCUUGAAUAGCAGUCCACUUCGCUGCCAAUAAUGACUAUUUAGCGUUUUUGAGCGUUGCCCACGGAAGUGCUCGCUUUCAGACAAUUGCCCACCCGUCUCCCGCAUCUCCGCGUAAAGCUAAAGCAAAACACCGGAACAUGGUAGGGUUUUGGCUGUCUGCUGUCCCGUGCAUCUUUGUCUGCGUGAGCUAGCGUCGCUGCUAGCGUGGCUAACCGCCGUCUUCAUGCUCAAUGUAGGCUAACUGCCGAGGAGAAAACGAAUGACGAAAACAAUGUCACAUUCGCGCCCGUGGUGAAUUGUGUCAUGAAAAUAAUCUUCGCAUACGUUGCGUGGUUAAACAAAACAGUCAGGUCAGCGCAUUUGUAUUGGUGUCAUGCGAGGACCUCAAAGGCAUCUCACGAGCUGGUCAAGACGCGUUCACGUCCGUGCGAGUGUUGCUGUGGUGGCUUGCUCAUUUGGCAGUCAUGAUGGACACCCAAAAAGCCUUAACGCUUCCAUUUACGGUUAACAGGAAUAAGCUGAUGGAUAACCCACUCAGAAUCCCCAUGAUAUGUCACUCAUCAGAGUUUGGAAAGUUAGAAAGACAGGUGUCCUGGGAAGCAAUUCCUGGUUGCAAACUCCAAAAAUCGGAUUUAAAGCUCAAAGGGGGAUCCGGGGCGUUUGAUCACAAUCAUGCCGCUCUGCUUAAAUGGGGGAUGGCCAGAAGGAGGCUUUGCCUGGUCCUGACAGAUGUGUUGAAGACGGAGGUCGGCAAGUCUUUUCUGGACAAGCGACAGGGUCGCACGUGCUGCAAAAAGGCGCAAACGGCGAGCGAGAGAAGCCCGUGCAAGAAGGAAGCCGUCAGGUGUCGAGGCCAGAAGCCCCCCAGGAACGACAGGAACGAGACUGCAACGCCGGAAAGUGUCAGGAGGAGCGCGCCCGCAUCCCUACAAAGGUCGAGCCUCAGGAAGAGGUUGCAUUCUGUUGACAAUGGGGAAGAAAGCGAGGACGUGCAGCCGACCAAUGGGGAGGACUACGGCGUCGUAGACUGCGGCUUGUCAGUGAGCUGGAAGCCGGCGGAGGAUGCCGGAGACGCUGAUGAGUUUUCCCCGACUCCCAUCAAGGACAUGGGGACGCAAGAGACACAUUGUCUGAAGAGGAGAAGAAAAAUAGGCAGAAGGACCAGGUGCAACGGAACCAGCGGCCCAAAACGCCAGCGAGAAAGCGUGCUUCGCCUCACGGGGGAAAGCAAAGGAGACGGAGGACUGGCGCCGGCUAGUCUGGUCGAACCCGGAGAAGACUGCGAUGCGGACGACGCGGACGGCGGCCUGGUCCGGUUCGCCUCGGAGGCGGUCGGCGGAGCGACGCGUCUCGUCCCGGUCGCCAAUACCAAUUCGGAGCCGGCGGACGUCGUCGGAUGUCCCGGUUUCAGUCGGUUGCCUUCACAGGACGACUCAUCCCAGGCCGUUCCGGGAGAGCCGAUUGUGUUAUCCAGUGACGAAGAGGAGGGCGGCGACGUUAUCCAACGGCGUGUUCGUACGGUGUUCUCGGUGGGAGAUGCAGGAGACGACGGGCACUGUGGGCAGCAGGCGACGCAGGAAGUUGCGUUCAAAGACCUUGGCAGCCCUGACAUGCAGAAUGUAGAGGUGUUGCAUGUGGUUGUAGGCGAGCGGGGGUCGACUUCUUCCAUCCCUAAAAUCGACCGCUCUGUCCUGGGUGUGGCCUUCACCUCCAUGUUCUGUGGAGGUUACCAAGGGAACGCAAAUGGAAACCUUGUGAUAGUGAACCAAAAAAUCAUCAUACCAUUGAAAGACUCAAGCCAGCAGUCGGACGUGACGUUGACCUUGGAGCGUACGGAGCUGAGGAGGUACAGCGUUUGGGAACAGGAGGAGCUGGAGUCCAGGGGGCUCCGCUGGCCGUCCGGCGCAGAGCCUCGCACCGUCCUUUUGUUUUGUGUGACCCAAAGUGCCGCAGCGGCUGUACACAGGGAUCUUCUCCGCCUGCGCGCCCAACACGGCGCGCCGCCCGGCACCGGAAAUCCGAGCCCCUUCCUCGUGCUGACUCUCAAGGACCCCCUGGUGGGCAUGGAGGGGGCUGUGUUGCGCUCUCUCCUGGAAAUCGAUUGUCUCAACUGUCUGACAAGCGAAAGCCACGCGGACGGGCUCGAGCUGAAGGACUUCAUCAGUCCAGAUCUUUCACUGGACGAAAGUCUGGAGCUGAUCAAAUCCAGCGGCCGAGACCCCCACUUGCUGCGAAGGCUCGGCCUGGACGCGGCCGAGCCGGACCGAGGGAGUUCGAGCUCCGAUUCCGACGUGGAUCCGCUGAAUGCAGAGGCGGAGCGCGCGCUGCUGCUAGACAUGUGCGAGCUGGAGACCCUCCUCGAUCUUGAGCGGGGGACAACUCCCACGCAGGAGCAGGACCAGGAGCAGGACCAGGACCAGGACCAGGACCAGGACCAGGAGCAGGACCAGGAGCAGGAGCAGGAACAGGAACCAGAGGAGGACGCUGGAAUGCAACACAGUCCGGAGGAGGAUCAGAAAAAUCAAGGGGAGGACAAACACGCAGGCACGCCUCUGUACACAAUUUGUCGGCGGAGAACCGCAGGAACGUACACGGUGACCAUGUGUCAGCCAGACUCCACUUGGGUCAAAUACAAACAUCAGGGCCUGGCCCACCGGUUGAUCCAGUUUCCUCCCCCGCCACUCAAAGGUGGAAUCACGGUGACCAUGGAAGACCUGCAGUGUCUGGACAGCGGCCAGUACCUCAAUGACGUCAUCAUCGACUUUUACCUCAAAUACCUCCUCCACAACUCGCCGCGGGCCGUUGUCGAGCGCUCGCACAUCUUCAGCAGCUUCUUCUACAAGCAGCUCACUCGCAGAGACAACGCCAGUGAAGGCAACGCCACAGAAUCCUGUCAGAGGCAGAAGCGGCACCAGCGAGUGAAGACGUGGACGCGCCACGUGGACAUCUUCAAAAAGGACUUCCUGUUUGUUCCUGUCAAUCAGGAGGCUCACUGGUAUCUGGUGGUCAUCUGCUUUCCCGGACUGGAGGAGUCCAGGUCGGAGCCCUGGACAGAAAGUAGCCACAACGGGGCGGACGAGCCGCCCGAGCAAGAGGAAGCCGGAAGCUCCAAUGAAGCGACGCCGUCGCCGCCGCCGCCGAAGUUGAACCGCAGCAACAGUGUGGACGCCGCAUCUUCGGGGAAAGAGACGACUAAAGCCUCUCGUAGUCAAGUGAACUGCACAGAGAAAAGCUGCCAUCGAAACGUCGUCUCGAAGAGGCCUUGCAUUCUCAUCAUGGACUCGCUCAAAUUGUCUCUUCAUGAGCGUAUCUUUAAAGUGUUACGAGAGUACCUGCAGUCGGAGUGGGAAGCGCGUCGCGGCUCUUCGCGCGACUUUGGUCCCGACCAGAUGAAAAGUUCCCACUGUCAGGUUCCUCUGCAGGACAACAGCAGCGACUGCGGUCUCUACCUCCUGCAGUAUGUGGAGAGUUUCCUCAAGGACCCCGUGGUGCACUUCGAUCUGCCGCUACACCUGCAACGCUGGUUUCCGCGGCGACAAGUGCGCAGCAAGCGAGAGGAAAUCCGCGAUCUGGUGCUGCAGCUGUACCGACAGCAGAAGACGAGCAAAAAGUGAAUCGGCGACGCACAUUUCUGCCUGAACUCGAACUCCUUUUCUGAAUCGCGGUCGGCCAGAGUGACGACGCAGGCGACUGACAGCUACUUUUAAACUGAAAUGUACAUUCUUUUUUGUUCUGUGUUUUUUUUUUUUAUCCAUCCUAGAGCUUUUUUAAAGACUGUUAUAAUAUUAUUUGCAAGUUAUUUUUGAUAAAUAUGAUGGCGUUUAUUUAAUUUCUACACAAAAUCACCUGUCAAACAAAAAGUGUGUCCAGAAGUGGUAACAAUUUCCAAAUGUAGUUUGUGUAACAUAAAUUGUUCCGAUUGGAAUUGA